GAUGAAGAAAAACACCGACGAAGAAGAAGUCGGUCACAGUUAGCUAACGCAGCCCUGUCAGUAGGUAAUGGCGCAGAAAAGAGUUAGUAAACAUGGAUAAAAAGAAGAAACCCUUCGAUGUUACUGCUUCAUCGCUAGUGGACCUUAAAGCGGAGCUGUACAGAAAGCAGGAACAAUUCAAACAGGACAGACUUGGGCAAGAAAACGCCGCUGGAUUCUCAUCAAGAUCCAAAGUGAAGAAACCUAAUGUGUGGAGCAAACAAAAUGCUGGUGUUUCAGCAAGAGCCGAGAAAGAUGCAGAGCAGCUGGCUGAGGAGCAGAACAGCCUCGAUACAGCAAAACGCAAGCUGGAGGAGAAAGCCAAACUUUACGAGCAAAUGACAAAAGGAGACUUUCCAGAUGAAGAGACAGAGGGACUGUUCCUGGUUGACUUCACCCAGAAGAUUAUUGAUAAAAAGAGAGAGACACUUGCACAGAAGGAGAGAGAUGACGAGGAAAGAAACAACUCGUCUCCUAUCCCUCCUCCUGAAAACCCAAACGAGGAAUGGGUGGAUUAUGUGGACGCUUUGGGCCGAUCUCGAAGGUGCAUGAAGAAAGACCUGCCAAAUUUUAAGAAAAUGGACCAAGACCUUAAAGGAAAAGGAAAAGCCUCAGCUGACUUACUCUCAGAGGACAUGCGUCGAGAGCUGCAGAGGCAGGAGUGGGAGAGAGAGGAAGAGGAGGCUAUGAAGAGGCCAGUCGGACCAAUCCACUACGAGGAUAUCAGGGGACAAGAGGCUCGGGAGCUCGGUGUUGGUUACUUUUCGUUCUCUCAGGAUGAAGAGCACCGCCGAAAGCAGAGAGACACUCUGGACAUGCUCAGAGACCAGACAACAGAGCAACGCACUAAGAGGGAACAACUGAAGGAGAAGAGGCAGGCCAUCCUGCAGGCCCGACUGGCCAAAGUGAGGCAGAGGAAGACAAAGAAGGUCAAGCUGGAUGGCACUGAGGACGAGCCGGGAGAGGAGAAUGAAGGAGAUGAGAGGGAACCUGAAUUAAUUGGACCCUCACCUCCACCAGAGGAGUUCCCAGAGGUCAGCACAGUGAAGAAGGUGGAAGUGGAGAUCCAGGAAAGAAAGGACACCAAACCAGGAGUUCCUCAUGUCAGAGAAUGGGACAGAGGCAAAGAGUUUAUGUUCAGUGAAUGGAAAUCUCGAUGUCGCGAAGAGCGAGAUUCAGAAUUUGCGCCUCCCUCUGCGUACUUUACUGAGGGGAAGAGACAGAAACUAGGGAAGAAUGUAACUCAGGAGAAUAAAUCUAAAAUGUCCUUCAAGUGGACGAAAGGCCCAGGAGGAAUCUCCGAGAGCAAGGAGGAACUACAAUCUGAGCCUAAAACUGCUCCCUCACCUCCUCAACCUCCUCAACCUCCUCAACCUCCUCAACCUUCUCAACCUUCUCAACCUCCUCAACAAAACCCACCUACUCCUUCACAACCACAGGUGUCAUCACAGUCAUCUCCUUCAGAUCACCCAGCAGCUCCAGCUCCAGAGUCUGCUCCCCCUUUUAAUCCCCAGUAUCACCCUCCUCCAUUUUAUCCUCCGUUUCUUCCUCCUCCUCAGUUUGCUGUACCACCUCACCUGCUUCCUCAGUUUCCCCCUCAGUACCCAAACCAGUACCCAAACCAGUACCCAAACCAGUACCCCCCUCAGUACCCCCCUCAGUAUCCGCCUCAGUAUCCGCCUCAGCAGCCCCUCCAGCCUGCAGACUUCAGCCAGGCCCAGCAGCCUGCACAGAGUAUAGACGACAUGCUGUCCUUUUACAGGAACUCUUCCUGAUCUCUCUCUCUAAAUAUUUCUGGGUAUAUAUUUCACAACAGAACUCAAUGUCUCAGCUCUUUGGAGUUUUACUAUUUAAUAGAUAAUAGCAAUUUAGCUAAAUUUCUGGAUCUGCUUAGGGUGUUCAGGCUCAGGGGAGAGAGGGUAGUACAUAGGCCUACUGGACAGCUCACCAGGGACAAGGCAAAGAAGCACAUUCACACCCAACAGUGUUUUCCUUUUAAAGUUAUAACUAACACUCAGACGUUACUUUAUGAAAAUCAAUGUUUGCAAUAAUGGAAAAAUAAAAAUCCCAAUUUUGGAAAAA